AUCACUCUGAAUCUCAUCCAAUCCAAUCCAAUUGCAAUGCUUUCCUCUUGUGAAGACUUUAAAUUCCUCAUUAUUAUUAUUAUUAUUUUUCUUUUUCUUUUUUGGAUCAUCUUGGUCGUUUCAUCGGCCAAAAUAAACAACUCUCAUCCAUCCAUCACCGACUGAAAAUACACUGCCAGUUGGUUUCUAUAUAUCCCACUCCCCAUCACAGUACUUGAAUAGAAACAAUACCUUACAAACAUGGACGCAAUCUCAACCCCAACCCAAGGUCUCAAAUCAGCACCAGCCUCAUCAAUGUUUGUUCAUUCAUCCGAACAGUCUUCUCUUACCCAUUUUUCUCUCCCCAAGAAUCCCAUUUCAGAUUUCACUACUUUUUCAGCAAAACGUAACCCUUUUAUCAGAGGUCAAUAUCAUCCCAGGCACUUCCUUGGAUUCAAUUCGAUUCGCGAUAGUAGGAAACGGGCAGGCAUUCUGGUUUCACCAAGCUGUGUCCUUCCAUUAACUGAGGAGAAUGUUGAGAAAGUGUUGGAUGAAGUCCGGCCUGGACUAAUGGCUGAUGGAGGGAAUGUGGCUCUACACGAGCUUGACGGUCUUGUUGUGGUAUUGAAGCUACAAGGAGCAUGUGGCUCUUGUCCAAGUUCAACUAUGACUCUAAAGAUGGGAAUUGAAACUCGCCUCCGGGAUAAGAUCCCCGAGAUACAAGCAGUGGAACAAAUUCUCGACACUGAGACUGGGCUUGAGUUAAAUGAGAAGAAUGUUGAAAAGGUUCUUUCUGAAAUAAGACCUUAUCUUGCUGGCACAGGCGGAGGAGUGCUUGAGCUUGUUCAGAUUAAUGAGCAUGUUGUAAAAGUCCAAAUCAGUGGGCCUGCAGCUGGGGUUAUGACUGUUCGUGUUGCUCUUACACAAAAGUUGAGAGAAAAAAUACCUACCAUUGCAGCUGUCCAGCUCAUAGAUUAAUGAAAAUUUUAAAAAAACAAUAUUUAUGGUGAAGUGAUGAAUAGAAAAAAUUUUGUUAGUUUUUUGCGGGCAGAAUUAUAUUCAAGCUAUUUGAUUUUUCACAUGAGAAAGGGUAAGUUCAUUUUGAGGAUUA